AAAAAUACACAUGUGUGCCAAAAUAAAGUUUAAACGCAGUUGAUGAAGAUAUCGAUCAAAUUGUUGUUUGUAACCUUAUGGGUCAAGUAAUGCUGUUGCUUCAAUAAAAAAAUAAAACAUCGAAAAUUGUACAUUAUAGUAUUAAACGACUUAAUAAAUAGUGAUUCAUGAUUGGACUUGGACUUUAUGGUUUUUGAGUGAAAAAGAGUUAUUUUGAAUCUUACACGAUUCGUUUGGGUACAAUAAACUUUUAAAAAGUGAAUUAAAAUAAGUGUUCUAGAUACUUUUUAUAAUUAAGAUGGAUAUUAACAUCACUAAAUUUGUACGUAAGCAUUUGGACUUACUUUUUCUUGAGCGGGAGGAAAAUCUUAUAGCUCUGUUCCAAGAUUUAUCACCGGCUAAUUUAUACAAAUUGGAACAAAGAGGACAAGCUCUCACUAAAUUAUCUGUAACUAAUAUUGCUGUCAAAGGAUCAGAUCGUUAUCAAGUUGAUUUAGAACGCGAAGAUGGUCUACCCUUAGAGCAUGGGUUAUCUUCUGGUGAUUUAAUUAUUUGCAUCAGAUCCAAAGAAAAAGGCCACAGUGUCAAAGGAAUUGUUAUUGAAGUCGGAGAAACUUCUCUAAGCAUUAACACCAAUGAAAGUUAUGAAGAUUUGGCUGAGGAAGAACUUUUUACUAUUGUUAAAACUGAUUCAGAUUUCACAUAUAAAGCACAGACAAGAGCGCUAAGUUCCUUAGAAAAAAAAGAAGUAUAUUCCUCAAGAUUUUUGAAUUUAGUGAAACUAUUAUUUAAUGAAGAUGAAGCAGAAACUCAAGAAUUAUUAACUCUUGAAGAUCCUAUUCCAAAGUCAUGCUCAGAUAUAGAUGGAAAUCUAAAAUUUAAAAAUGCAAAUUUAGCUGAAGAUCAGAAGAAAGCAGUAUGUUUUACCUUAAAAAGAAGACAUUUUGCAAUUAUUCAAGGACCCCCUGGCACUGGUAAAACAACCACUUUAAUAGAAAUAAUAAGGCAAUUGCAUGCUGCUGAGAAAAAGGUUUUAAUAUGUGCUCCAACUAAUGUGGCAGUUGAUAACUUAACAAUUCGCCUGGGAGAAACAGAAGCAAAACCUUUGAGAUUAGGACAUCCUACAAGAAUAGCAAAGGAUGCUUUAAAAUACUCUCUUGAUUCAUUUUUAGAAAGAGACGAUGGUUAUAGUAUUUUAAGAGAUAUUAAAAGAUCUAUAAAAGCAUUAGAAACCAGUAUAGCGAAUACUGGAGCUACUUACAAGUAUAGAGAAAUUAAGGAUUUGAAAAAAGAAUUUCGAAAAAGGUUGAAGAGACUAACUUCAGAUGUUUUACAAAGAUCUUCAGUCAUUUUAUGCACAUUAAAUUCUGCUUCUGCAAUUGAUGGUCAACUUCAAAAUAUACCUAAAGAGCAUUUUGAUGUUUUGAUUGUUGAUGAAGCAUCCCAGGCAAUGGAAGCUUCCAUGUGGAUAGCAAUUCCAAACGCUCCAAAGCUCGUACUCGCUGGAGAUAUAAAUCAAUUGCCUCCAGUAGUAAUGUGUCAAAAAGCUGUAGAAGAUGGUCUGAAUAUCAGUCUCAUGGAAAGAGCCAUUAAAAAACUUGGAAAAUAUUGUUACAUAAGUUUGACAAAGCAAUAUAGAAUGAAUGAAAAAAUCAUGGUAUGGUCAAGUACAAAAUUUUACGAUAAUACUUUGAUUGCUGAUAAGUUAGUGAAAGAUCAUUUGCUGAAAGAUUUACCAUUUGUUCAAAACGACAAUACUCUUACAAGCGAGGCUGUUGUAUAUAUUGACACUUGUGGUUGCGAAUGUGAAGAAUACAAUACAGGUGUAGAAAAAGCAUCAAAAGGAAAUCUUGGUGAAGCUGUGAUUGUCGAUAAAGUGGUUUCUUCAUUAAUUAAAUCCGGUUUACCACACUCAAGUAUUGGAGUCAUUACACCUUACUCGUUACAGGUCGAUUUUAUCGGACGAUCAUUCAGAUCCAGGUCAAUUAAGGUUGAAGUAAGCACUGUCGAUGGAUUUCAAGGCCGUGAAAAAGAAGUAAUUAUUCUUUCGCUCGUUAGAAGUAACGAGGACCGAGAAUUGGGUUUCGUUACCGAUUUUCGUCGCCUCAAUGUCGCAGUAACGAGAGCGCGCAGAUUAUUGAUAGUGAUCGCUGACAGUGAAACAAUGGAAAAGGAUGAACUUAUUGAAAGUUUGUUGAAGCACAUUGGAGACAAUGGAUUGCUGCAAACAGCUGAGGAGUAUUUGACUGAAAGUAUUGAUAAAGAGAUUGAAAAAAUUGAAAAAUCUGCGCAAGAUGGUAAGAAGCUGAAAAUUAAAAAUAACUUUCCCGCGAGCAAAGCUUCGAAGAGAGAGAUUAAAAGUGACAAGAACAAUUUAUCUAGUGCAAUUGAAAAAAUUAAAAUUGAUGACACGCUGCAAGGAAAUAAAGAAGUUCCAAAAUUGGGUAAAAAGACAGAAGAUUUGAGUAGUUGCGACAAUCGGAAAACUUACAACGUCUUUGAAACCAUUGCUGCAGCGGAUGGAGUCAAUCAAGAAGAAGAUGAUAUCGAGAAGGUAAGUAAUGAACUAUCAGACGUAAAAAUUAUCGAAGAGACGUCAGUUGCCUCAAGUAUUAGUAAAACCAGUAAAAGCCGAAAAAAGAAAAGUAAAGCAAAAAAAUGUAAUGAUUCUGAAAUUGGAAAUGAAGUCACUGAGAGCAAAGAGACUGAUAAUGAAUUCGAAAAACUUGUCGCUCAAUUUACUGUCAAUCAAGAUAUUUGCGCUUAUGAUGGAUGCAAAAUAUCAACCAAAUUGAUAAAACUCGACUGUCAAUUUUGCAAAAAAAGAUAUUGUAUCAAGCAUGCAAUGCAAGAAAUUCACGGUUGUGAAAAGGAAAUACGUCAAAAAUGUCGCAAAGAUUUUCGACAUCCAAAGCCUGAUCCCUGCACUUCACAUGACAAAAAUAGGUUUGCUAAAAAAUUGAAGGAAAUGGAAGAUUCAAGAAAAGCAAAAAAAAAGUUAACAAAAAAUAAAGGAUAAUCAAAGGAAAAGUACAAUAGUUUUUGUUUUGUCGAACCGACAAUUUUUUUUUUGCUUUUUUUUUUAUUAAAAAUAUGUAUGUACAAAGUUUGUUUCGAUUACGAGCCACCAAAUCUUUUUUUUAAUAUAUUUAUUAUCAUGGUAAAUUCUUCGAAAACGAAUCGAUUGGUGAACGUGCGACUGGCUUUCGUUGAUAAUAAUGAUUUGUUGAAAAAUCAUAAAUUUUCAUUACAGAAAAUUAACUAAAAAAUUUAGAUGUGCCAAACACAAAAUAAAAAAUAUUUUCCCAAAAAACGAAAUAAGUUGUAACAAAAUGAAUAACAUAUAUACUUCAAGUUAAUACGUGCAAAGCAUCAUGAACCGGCCUGGGAUAAACAACAAACAUUUACAAGCCGGU